UAAAAUAAAGUAAAAUAAAAUAAAAUAAAAUAAAAUAAAAUAAAAUAAAAUAAAAUAAAAUAAAAUAUGAUAUGAUAUAAUAUAAUAUGGUAUUCAUUUAAUCUAAAAUGUCUUUUAUAAACAGUCAUGCUAACCAAAAUACAGACCUUGAUAACGAAAAUUCAACCCCCAGAAGAAAUUUCAUUCAAUUACCUCAUUCUCAAAGGGAUAUAAUAUCUGCCAUCAAAUUCAAUCAAUCAAACAAUUACCUACUAUCCUCCUCCUGGGAUGGUUCAAUUAAUCUAUACAAUUCAAACAAAUAUGACGACCUUUUAAACAAACAAAACGAUAAUACAAACACGAAUGCAAACUCGAAUACCAACACUGAUAAAGACAACGACGACGACGACGACGACGACGACGGUGAUGAUGAUGAUGAUGAUGAUAUCUUGAUAUUCAAAUACAAAUCACAAUCUAACACUCCAGUAAUAGAUAUAGCUUGGUUCAAUAACAAUUCCUACUUUUUUGGUGAUAUUUAUGGUAAUAUAAAUAAAAUUGAUCUUGUUAAAAAUUUAAAUAUAGGCUUUGAUUUUAAUUUCAAUUUUAACCUCAAUAACAACUCUAACUCCAGCUCCAAUUCUAAUUCUAACUCUAACUCUAACUCAAAUUCCAAUUCAAUCUUAUUUAAUAACUAUCAUAAAAAUUCAAUCAAAAACUUACUAUCUGUAGAAAAUGAAAACCUACUAAUCUCCUCCUCUCUAGAUAACUCCAUUCAAUUCAUAGACUUGAGAAACAACAACUCUCAAAACAACAACAUCUUAAAUUUCGACAAUAAAGUCCUCCAAUUCGACUACUCAUCCCAAUCAAAACACUUGCUACUUUCCUCCUCAAACAAUCUCAUCUACUUGUACGACUUAAGAAACCUUCUAAAACCUCUACAAAUCAGAGAAAAUGGCCUCAAAUUCCAAUCAACCGCUUUGAAAUUCAUGAACAAUAAUAAAGGUUUUGCCCAAUCUUCCAUCCAUGGAAAGAUAUCAAUAGAAUACUUGAACCCUUCUUUGAAAUCUCAAUUCAACAACUACGCUUUCAAAUGCCACAGGUUGUCCUCAAAAAAUCUAAUCUACACUGUUAACGAUAUCCUAUUCCAUAAAAAUUUAAACAACAUCCUACUCUCAGCUGGUUCGGAUGGCUUUGUCUGUAUUUGGGACUACCUACUAAAAAAAAGAUUGAAAAAGCUACAAAAAUUUAACAACCAAUCAAUUCAAAAAAUAGAUUUAAAUCUAAAUAACAACAUCUUAGCAAUAGCAACAAGCGAUGAUUCCUUCAAAUCUCUAGCUUCGAUUCAUUCAUCCCCAGCUCCAUCUAAAAGUUUUAUCUACCUAUAUAAUCUUCAUUUAUAAAUGCUUUCUUUCCUAUCUCUAAUUCUCUCUCCAUUGGUGCCCACAUUUAACACACUUAUAAAACGAUGUCAUGGGCUCGUCUGCACUUCGAAUUUGUAACUGAAAGAAAUACGCUCGAUCAUUCCCACAGUUCUCUAUAGGACAUUGAGCACUUGUUUGCUCAACAUUAUCCCACGAUCCUUCUCCUCCUAACACAUCGUCAACCUCUUUUCGUAUCAACUUUUUACGGUCAAACAUCUCAACCCCAAUUAUAGGAAACUCGUAUGGACAUGUUUGGCACUUGAAUAUAUGGUGUUCAUGGUUAUCUGCCACUAUCAACAUAUUAGAACAAUAUGGACAAAAUAUCAACAUUUUC